UAGUUUAAUACUGCAAGGCAAAAGCUACGGAUCUAUACGGUUUAAAAAAAUUAUAAAAAAAAACACAGAAAAAAUGUCCGUUGUAGAAUUAUUAAGUUUUGACAAUGUUGUCUUCAAGGCCUACGUUUUCUGGAGUGCAGUGUUGGUCAUUAAAAUGUUAUUGAUGGGACCCUUGACCGGUAUCCAACGUUUCAAGACUAAGACUUUCGCCAACCCUGAAGAUUUACUAUCCAAAAAGGACAAAGUUAAAUUCGAUGAUCCCAAUGUUGAACGUGUACGCAGAGCCCAUCGCAAUGAUAUGGAAAACAUUUUACCCUUCUUUGCCAUUGGUUUCUUGUACGUCUUAACCAAUCCUGCCAGUUUCUUGGCUGUUAACCUCUUCCGUGCCGUUGCUCUUGCACGUAUUGCUCAUACUUUGGUUUAUGCUGUCGUUGUGGUGCCACAACCUGCUCGUGCUAUUUCCUUCUUUGUUGCCUUGGCCGCUACUGCCUAUAUGGCUGUACGUGUGCUCAUCUUUGCUCUCUAAGAGGUUGUAAUCAGCUUUAUGUACUUUAAUGUAAAAAGUAUUUAUAUAUUUUUUUUUUUGUAAUUCGUAGAAGUAAUUUUUUUGUGGAAACAAAAUUUUUUAGAUAAAACCUAUUUUUGUAAUAAAAUCAACCGAAAUUCAGUAAGAAAA